AUGUGUCAGUUGGCGUCGUUCCUGCUUUGUUCUGAAUUCAUCUCUCGAGCCAGCAUUUCGUCUAACUGGUCCAAAACUGCCUCUACGAUCCCACGAGGCCCAGCCUCCGCUGCGGGGGCUGCCGCGCCUGCAGGAACCCUUUUUUUUCUGGACGCUUGCGAUUCUCAGAAGGGCACACGAAGGCACCGCCGGCCGACAUGGGGACGCGGAGCGUGCCCAAACGUCUCAAGGUACUACGGGGCGGUUUUGCAGGGGAAGCUGGGUACACAUUCUGCGACCAAGACCCCAGUCUUCAAUGUUGAAGGGCUCUCGAGGGCAGGAAAGCCGAGAAGCGCUUUUUUUUUCGACAUCUAUUCGGACUCCGGUCUUUACCUCAGAGAACUCCAGACAUCAAACCUCCUUGGGUGGCAAUUGGAAACGUGCAGCUGGUGCAGCUACUUCCUGGAACCCGGCGUAUGUCCAGGGCACGGCCGGUUCAGCAAUUCCAAGAAGCUUUCAGCGUCCGUCGAAGAAAACGGCACUGGAGAGAGGCCGGUAACCCGGGUCCAUUCUUUCUUGGCGGCACAUGAUCCUCUCUGUGCUUCGACCCCGCUUUCUUCUCAGUUCUGUGCCCGUGUGGCGGCUUCCUCAGCGGGCGCCCCUUCUCACGUAAGUGCCCACCGACGCGUGGUGGCGUCAAGGCCGGAAGUGGACUCUUCGCGGUUGUCUCCUGCCGCAACAGGUUCCAAAGACUUGCCGAGGAAUUCCCGGCUUCACGUGAACGAGGUAGAUGCGCCGUCUCGCUGCAUGCUGGGAACGGUCGUGGGCAGACGCGCCGAAAGAACCAAGGCACGAAGGGAACAGCAAAUCCAUCUUCUGCAGCUGGAGGCUGUUCUGCGCAUGCGGACCGGACCCUUUCCUGCUUUUAUUCAGCCUGUUCCUCUCGCUGACGUCUGUCGGAUGCUCUCCGAUAUAUGGAGCGAAGCAGAAGACUAG